AUGGGCGUCCACAGCGAGCAAGGCUCUCGGACCGUGGUCUUUGACCUUCCCUCCCUUUCUUUCACCCCCGCCAACGUCGCCGACCCGCUGUCGGUCCAGCAAACCGCGGGCGCGCAGGCACAACAUGGACUCUUGCUGGUACGAUUGACCUGGAGAUGGAUACCGAGCUUCGACACCUCGAGGGGGGAAGACGGCUCGUGGCAGGCGGAGCAGAAGGAAGGGGAUAAGGAAAUUCUCGCCAUCAAGUUCACUGGCGACCUGAGGCCACACAAUGAGCUGAUGGCCCUGUGGACGGCUUGGCAGCCAUUGGCCCCGUCCACCAGCGGCUCUCCCAAGGUCAAGGCUCUCUUCGUCCCCGUUUUCGCCGAGGUGCGCAAGCACGACAUUAUCGCCUACUGGUACGAUCUACUUGGCGACCCUCGUCAAGUCUCCGAGUACUGUGAGGUUGUUGCAGAUGGCUUGGAGUCUGGCGCAGAGGAGAUCUUCCUGGAGGCGGCCGAGGGAAGGAGAAAUUAUCCGAGUUUCGAUCGGAUGAAGGGUUCGUUGAUGAGUGCCUUCCUCUUUCCUACAUGGAUUGUAUACUUCCUUCUCGCCGAGCCCGCAGAGGACCCCAGCCUGUCUACUCUGGUGUACGUGGGGUCGGGCACGGCCUCGGCCGGCCAAUACACCGGGGGGGAGAGCAGGGCGAGGGGCCACCUGGGCAACUUCCGAAACGGGAGGUCUGCAAACGGCAACCUGUACAAGAUCUCGAUCCUCGUGCUCUGGGCGUCGAACUUCGAUCUCCGAACAGCUGCCGACGAAGAGAUCAAGCGCCGCAGCCGCGACGUCCAUGUGGUCGAGUCUGCACUCGCCACAGCGAUGGGCGUCCACUCCGUCGAAGGCAGUCGUACAACUGUCUUUCACCUUGCUCCGGCCUCGGCUAGAUUCAAGCCGUGCAACGUGGCCGACCCAUUGUCUGCUAUGCAGACAAUGGCUACGUCCGGGGCAGUAGACCCCGAGGUCUACAGCGCCGUGAGCGCCAUCAUCCCUGCGCCGGCCACGUCCAGUGCAAUCGACCAGGACGUGAAGCUCUUCCGCCUUCUCGUGGUCGAGGCCCUCGAGCUGUCUAUGUUCUCGGACCUUUUAGCGCGUGCUAUCCGCGCGUCCAUCAGACGUGGUCGGCCUGCGGCGGCGACUGAUGGCGAUCUUCCCUGGGCCCAUGACCACUGGUCCACGAUCUUCGAGAACGCGGCCAGUGGUCUCCUCCACCCAUUCCAUGCCCUCAAGGAUGGGUGGAAAGAGAGGAUCAGCAUCUCCACCAGGGAGCAGUUCAGGAGCAAGUCGGGCGGCCGCAAGCUGUCCGACGUCUGCGUCGAGGGCGUGCAAGAACACGGGCCGCCCUAUUACGUCACAGUCGGCGAGCUGGUGUCCUUCCUGCGCACCGAGCCCGAGUGGGAGACUCUUGGUGUGGAUCGUGGCGACGUGGUACAAGUGCCACAGCAAUCCCCAGUUCGAUACGAGGGCCUUCACAGAGACAAGCUGCAUUGGCUGUUGCGAGAACUCCUCCAGGACCACACCAUCUACCUCAAAGAGUUCUGCAAGGCUUCUAACUCAACAUCUGUGCAGCCCAUUUCCAUGGAGCUGUUCGGCAUUCCACAAGUGCUAUACUUUUGGAACCUCCGAUUCACCCCUUCCAGCACACUCAUCCCGAACGCCCCUCCUUUGCUCCUCAGUCCGUCCGACAUCGUCAUUGGGCUGCUCAAGGCUGCCCCGGGGACCAUGAGCUCUCCGCGAACAAGCUCUGGGACUACAUCUCAGCCUACUGUUCAUCCUUCAGGAGUAACCCCAACGCAGCUAAGUCCUAGGCAGCUUCGCUCGUGGUGCAAGAUGGAGCAUCUUUUCCCAGGCGAGCAGCCCGUCUACGAGGACCCCGCAUUGACCAGGGAGGACUUGAUCGUGGAGGCCCUCACUCUCUCCCUGCCUUCCCACAUGUUGACGGGGCAGGCCAUCAAUAGCAGCAUGCGUCGCCACUACCCAGAAGAUGCCACAGACCGUCGCUUCGCAUGCGUCCUCUGCUCUCCCAUGAGGGUGGUUGACACUCACCGCGGGAGAAGGAUGGCGACAUGCCAUCCUACGACUGUUUCGGGCGAGUGGCACCACGGCGUUCGAGGAUCCAGUGAGCCUCUACUCCUCGACUGA